AGCGAACUGCCCGACUUUGAUGAAGAGCUUUUGGUGCAGACGGGCGUGCUGGGCAACGAGGACGAUGGAGAGGAGGAAGUGGAAGUGGAGCUGGUGGAGGAGGAACCUGCCUUCCUACGCGGCUACGGCAGAGUCAGGGACGAGCUCUCCCCCGUCAGGAUCAUGAAGAACCCUGAUGGAUCUCUGGCUCAGGCGGCGAUGAUGCAGAGCGCGCUGUCCAAGGAGCGCCGUGAAGUCAAGAUGGCGAUACGCGACGCAGAAGUCGAGGCGCAGCCCGCGACCUUCGGGCAGAACUGGAACGACCCGCUGCCUGAGCAGACCGGGGCGACCGACGCCGCUGCCAUGGCCGGGCGCGCCAGCCAGCAGCAGGCCGAGAUGCCCGAGUGGAAAAGACACAUCACAGGUGGUACGCGUGGCUCGUAUGGACGUAAGACAAACAUGUCCAUUCUGGAGCAACGUCAAAGUCUGCCUAUUUACAAGCUCAAAGACGAGCUCAUCCAAGCCAUCUACAACAACCAAAUCCUGAUUGUGGUUGGCGAGACGGGCUCAGGCAAGACCACUCAGAUGACGCAGUACCUGGCGGAGGCUGGCUUCACAGCCAAGGGCAAAAUUGGGUGCACGCAACCUCGUCGAGUGGCUGCCAUGUCCGUUGCUAAACGCGUGUCUGAAGAGUUCGGGUGUCGCUUGGGACAAGAAGUUGGCUACACAAUGCGUUUUGAGGACUGCACGAGUCCUGAAACUAUCAUCAAGUACAUGACGGAGGGUAUGUUGCUCAGGGAAUGCCUUAUAGACCCCGACAUGACAGCAUAUGCUUGCAUUAUGCUCGACGAAGCUCACGAGCGAACCAUCAACACCGAUGUUCUUUUUGGACUCCUCAAGCAGGCCGUUAAGAAGCGUCCUGAAUUGAAGCUCAUUGUCACUUCUGCCACACUUGACGCCGUUAAGUUUUCUGAAUAUUUCAACCAAUCUCCAAUCUUCACAAUCCCCGGGCGUACGUACCCCGUGGAAAUUCUUUACACCCGAGAACCAGAAACAGACUACCUGGAUGCGUCGCUCAUCACCGUCAUGCAGAUACACUUGUCUGAGCCUCCUGGAGAUAUUCUAGUUUUCCUGACAGGUCAAGAAGAGAUCGACACAGCGUGCGAGAUUUUGUACGAGCGCAUGAAGGCGCUGGGCAGCGAUGUACCAGAGCUGCUUAUCUUGCCCGUAUAUUCGGCGCUGCCGUCAGAGAUGCAGACGAGGAUAUUCGAGGCAGCUCCUCCAGGCUCCAGGAAGGUCGUCAUUGCUACCAACAUCGCCGAGACCUCCCUCACUAUUGACGGCAUUUACUAUGUCGUUGAUCCUGGGUUCGUGAAACAAAAAGUGUACAACCCGAAGACUGGCAUGGACUCUCUGAUGGUGACACCCGUGUCGCAAGCAGGCGCCAAGCAGCGCGCUGGUAGAGCAGGCAGAACAGGGCCUGGCAAGACCUACAGACUGUACACUGAACGCGCCUACAGGGACGAGAUGCUGCCAACGAACGUGCCGGAGGUGCAGAGGACGAACUUGGUGUCUACGGUGCUGCAGCUCAAGGCCAUGGGCAUCAACGACCUCCUGGGUUUUGACUUCAUGGAUCCUCCUCCCACCGAAGCCAUGGUAAUGGCUCUCGAAACUCUUCAUUCUCUGAGUGCCUUGGACGAUGAAGGUCUACUGACGCGCUUAGGCAGAAGAAUGGCGGAGUUCCCGCUAGAACCCAACCUCUCGAAAAUGUUGAUUAUGUCGGUGAACCUGCAAUGCUCUGAAGAGAUCCUCACAAUUGUCUCCAUGCUGUCCAUACAAAACGUCUUUUACAGACCUAAGGAAAAGCAGGCAAUAGCUGACCAAAAGAAAGCCAAAUUCAACCAAGCUGAGGGCGAUCACCUGACGCUACUGGCCGUCUACAACUCGUGGAAGAACAACAAAUUUUCGUCUGCCUGGUGCUAUGAGAACUUCGUCCAAAUGCGCACCUUGAAAAGGGCGCAAGAUGUUAGAAAGCAGCUUGUUGGCAUCAUGGACCGGCACAAACUGGACAUGGUUUCUUGCAAUAAAAAUGUAGCCAGAGCCCAGAAAGCGAUAUGUUCAGGGUUCUUCAGAAAUGCUGCCAAAAAAGAUCCCCAAGAAGGAUACAGAACUCUUGUGGACUCCCAAGUUGUGUACAUUCAUCCGUCGUCUUCGCUCUUCAACCGACAACCUGAGUGGGUGAUCUACCACGAGCUGGUGCAGACCACCAAGGAGUACAUGAGGGAGGUCACCACCAUAGACCCCAAGUGGCUCGUCGAGUUCGCUCCGUCCUUCUUCAAGCUCGGCGACCCAACCAAACUGUCCAAGCACAAGAAAAACCAGCGCCUGGAGCCGCUCUACAACAAAUAUGAGGAACCGAACUCUUGGAGAAUAUCGCGUGUCCGUCGCCGUAGAAAUUAAUUGUAACCUCGCAAGCCUUGGAAUAUAUGUGAUGGAUCUGAAAAAUUGCGAGAACGUGCGUGGAUCGAAGAUGUUCAUGAAGGUUCAUUAGAAUUUGCUAUGUAUGUAUCAAAUUCAGCACUCGGUUUUCGUGCUUGCUGUUGUAUAAAUGCACUAAUUUAUUUAUAUUUCGUCGAUCUUAAAUUUCAUUUGUAUGUAU